CACACGAACUGGAAGCCUAACCACCCGGCACCUGGGACAGCAUCCUCUUUAGUGACGCCAAAUCGCGAACCGCUCCCUCUUCCCUUUUUGCCUGGAUAGCUCGGAUUGGAGGCGGUCUCCAAGUUUCCACUCUUGGCAGCUAAAGGCGUGGUGCGUUAUUUCUCAGACCCCUAAAGCUACAAGCAACCACAACGGUCCUUGCCUCCAAGUGCCGAGCGCCUAGCCUGGACUGGACUGACACCGCGCGGAGGCGGCAGCAGCAGCAGCUCGGCGGGCGAAUUCAGCGCGUCACGGUGAGCGCCUUGCGCUCAAAGCCCAUCGCCGGGCCACCAGAUCAACUCGAAAUACGCUCGCCGCUCUCUGGGAAGAAGGCGUGAUUCGUUCAAGGGCAACAUUUUCGUCUUCCUGAAGUUCCGAGAUAUUUCUGAAGAAAAUGAAGCAUCGGAUCCCGGAUCGAUCACUGAUCGCGACACUCCUGAUCAUCCAGGGGCUGUGGACAAGCGCGACUAAAGUAAACGUGCCGCGGCUGCGCCUGACCUAUAAAGAUCUUCAGUCUACAAACCGAUCCUCGAUUUUUACGGGACAGCGAGGUAUCAUCAACUUGAGUUCCAUGUUUCUCGAUGAGUACCACGACCGUCUCUUUUUAGGUGGUAAAGAUGUUCUGUAUUCUCUGCGGCUGGACCACAACAACCUUGAUGCCAGAGAGAUUUCUUGGCCCCCGCUGCCUGGAAAUAAAGAAGACUGUGUUCUCAAGGGCAAGGAUCCCCUGAGCGACUGUGCAAACUAUGUGCGUCUCCUUCACCCAUACAACCGUACCCACUUGCUGGCCUGUGGCACAGGAGCCUUUCAGCCCUUGUGUGCUUUUAUCUACGUGGGGCACAGAGGAGAGGCGCAGUCCACAUUUCCAGUCCUGGGAACACCAGAGGGUGCUCUUAGCCGCUUCCAUCCCCCAACCCUCUGCCCUGGCACAGUGCUGCUGGCUGUGGACAAAGUGGCCUCGUAUGAAAUGAGAUAA